UCUAAAGCGGAGUCUGCCACGUUGCUGUAGAGAGACGCCGGGUCACACCGCUAGGGAUAGUCGCUCACCGGCGUUUAUCCAUCAGACAAAGGGCGCUGAUGUCUUAAAAUAAUCGACGGGCUUAAAGCUUUUCAGUGGAGUCGAGAUGCUGACGGACGUGAUAGUAGAAGAGGAGUUUGAUCGCAAUGAAGAUGAGCUGUGGUACAGCAGGAAAGAUCUGGAGCAUGAUCUCCAUUUGGCCGCUGAGCUGGGCAAGACUCUGUUGGACAGGAACCAUGAGCUGGAGCAGGGCCUUCAGCAGAUGUACUCCACCAAUCACGAGCAGCUGCAGGAGAUUGAGUACCUGACCAAGCAGGUGGAUCUCCUGAGGCAGAUGAACGACCAGCAUGCCAAAGUUUAUGAGCAGCUGGACUUAGCAGCCCGAGACCUGGAGAAAAGCAACCAGAGGCUGGUGCUGGAGAACCGCACGGCCCAGCACCGGAUCCAGAGUCUAACCGAGACCAUAGAUGGGCUGCAGACUCACAUGGAGGGUCUUCAGAAGCAGGUGGACGAGCUGAAGGUGUCUCAGUCCAAGAGAGAUCUGGCAGCUGCGCGCCGCAGCCUCGGGGCCCAAAGCAUGUCCUGUCUGAAAGAAAUCUAUGAUCUGCAACGAGACAAGUACUUGAGCUCCGAGAGCCUGCAGGAGGAGAAGUCCUGGCCUGCACUGGAUGACAGACAUGUGGAGGAGGAGAACUCCACCCUGCAGCACACCCUCCACAACCUCAAGGUGCAGCUGGCAUCCGAGCGAGCCCGGCGGCUGGAGGCCGAGCGCGAGACGGAGCUGACGGCGCAAGAAAACGGUGCUCUGGAGGAGCGUCUGAGCCUGCUGGAGGGAGCGCGGCGUCGACAGGCCGAGCUGGAGGCAGAGGUGGAGGAGCUCCGGCAGCUGUGGCGCUCCGAGUCAUCUGGUACAAGACUGACAGACGUCAUGCUGCCCGACAGCGUUUUCUUCGGCGUGGAGGAAAAAGUGGGGGUGGGGCAUGUGGAGGAGGAGGAGCAGGAGGCGGAGCUCCCUCAGGGGAGGCGUCGCUGCAGCAGUGACAGCUACGUCCGUGGGGCUCGAGCCGAGGAUAUCCGGCGUGGACAUGAGCGCACUUGUAUCCGCCGAGCUCAAGCGGUGAAGCAGCGUGGGAUCUCGCUUCUCAAUGAGGUGGACGCGCAAUAUAGCGCACUACAGGUGAAAUACGAAGAGCUGCUCCGCCGCUGCCAGCAGGGGGCAGACAACCUCAGCCACAAAGCCGUCCAGACGCCCACCGCUCCUGCGCAGCGCCGCAAAAGCCAGGCAACCAUAACAACGGACACCAUCUGCCUCGCAAACGAGCUCCAUCAGCCAGAAUACAAGGCCCUGUUUAAAGAAAUCUUCACCUGCAUUCAGAAAACCAAAGAGGACCUGAGUGAGAACAGGGCCGGGCCGAGUCAGUGAGCUGGCAGUAUUAUGCAUCUUCAAUGUAGUGAUCUUCAGCACUUCUGAAUUCACUUGAUGGACGUGUUGAGAGUUUUAAUAGCGCCAUGGUCUUUGUUUGUGUCGAUUGCACUAUAAAACCUGUGCCUAUACACCACCAAACCCUCCACAUCCAAAACCUGCAAAUGCAGGAGACCUGAACAGUGUUUUUGUACUUUUCUAAGUCUUAUUCCAAUGAUUGAGGCACAUGAGAAGUGUGGAUCUCUGCGAUACAGCCAUAUGUGACACCCGAAUACAUCUGUGCUACAGGUUUGAAAGCACAUCUUGAUUUCGUAGAACCACAUCUGUGCGGAAGGUCAAGAUUUAACCAUCCAAUGUGCAGUAGACUAAAUUAUUAUUACUAACGCAUUAACUUAAUGUAAAUCAUACGUCUGAAAGGGUGAAUCUCACAAAACCAAGAACGAGAAGUUUCGCACCAAAAUCGAAAUACAUAUUAUUAAACUAAGCCCAUUUUUAGAACCAUUUGUUGACGUUAUUUUCAUGAUAAUUAAACGCAUUCUAUAACAGAAUAUUAUGAACAUUCUGAUUCUCGUUACAGUAAUGCACCAAAAAUGUUAUUGUAAAAUAUUAAUGCAUUGAAAUAGUAUUUGUCGAGCUAAAUUUGGGGCAAAAACGUAUAAUAGUAAUUAAAAUCUGUUCUUUCUCAAACAUGUUUUUGUGUGAUUCAUCUGAUAAACCUUAAAAACUUAAAAAAUAACUAACAAAUAUGAUUAAGGAAUUCAGUAGGACAAUAUGUAGCCUUAUUCUCUAGCGUCUAGAAAUAUCACAAGCAAUAUUACAAUUCUUUUUUAUUAUUAUUUAAAAGAAAGACUGCAUGUGAUUUCAAUGACAUUACUAACAAUGAUAUGUGAGGCAAUACCGUUUGCUGCUUUUAUAAACUGUCUGGUUACCUCAAUGGAUUGAUGUGCUAGCCAUAUAGUUACAGUUAGCUCGUGUAAAUAUGCUUGAAAUCCUCAUGUGACUUUGUGUCAAUAGUUUGUUUAGAUUAAGUCGCAGUUAAAAGUUUGGCAGCCACAUUCGCUCAAGUUCCCAGCACUUUGUUUUGACGUUCAUGUAAACACCACUGUAAAACUAUGCACUUUAGACGACAGGCCUAUGGUCAGUUUUGUUUUUGUUUUAGUUCUAUUUUUAUUUAUUUUAUUUCAUUUCAUUCGUUGUUGCUGUCGUCCAGAGACUUUAUUUCUAUUCUUGUUUGGUAUUCAUUCAUUGUUUUCCGAUUUUGUUUCUCUCUCUCUCUUGCCUGUGGGAUUAUGUCAACAAUAGAUCGUUACCAAUGUGUUGAUGGAUAUGAAAACAUUGAAAUGUUGAAAAUGUAUUGAAUGAGGGGGUUAUACAUUUGAGGAUUGAAGGCUAUUGAAUGGAUGAUUUGACUACGUAAGUUACUUAAAUGUUACACCAGCACAAAGUAGAGCAUUUUAUGUAAGUUGUAAGUAGUUCUCCGGUCAAAGUGGUUUAACUGGUCAGACAAUAGCUAAUUAUUGUGGGUUUAUGUCUUUGAUGACGUGUAUUUCAUAACCAAACUUAAUACUUAAUCGGGAUCAACCGUGUCCAGGUUCAUUUUGUAACAUUUUGAAGUUGUUAAAUGCCUUGAGUUGGCAAGUAUAAGUAGGCUUUGACGUUUUAAAUCAACGUAUUGCGUAGAUGACUAGGAAAGUGACGUGUAUAGAAAAAAAGAAAGAAGGAAACGUGUUUCUUGAUAUGACUGAUAUCUUAAAUAGCAGGCGGAGAUCACAGGGAAAUGUUCAUAGAUGGAUUGGACUUGACAAAGAAAAAUAAUUGAAUAUUGUCUUGAGGGAGCAACAUAUAUUGUGGUGUUUUCCAUUUCUGAUAUUAUUGCUUUAUUUCGGUGAAAUUGUGCUACUGUACUUGAGCCGUUCCUUCGCUAAGAAAGUUUGCUUUCUAUUUUUGGCAUAAAUUCCCGCCCUUUUCAAAUGCCAUCCAAAAUGACGGCCUAUGCUUCUUGGUCAGCGUUGUGUUAGAAGGCUAUAAAGUGCAUGAUCAGAUGUUAGUGUGCAGCUAAAAUAUAGCUCUUGUGCUCAAGAUAAAAAGAAGG